AGAGAAGUCGACAAAGUUUAUGUCCCAUUGAUGACCCAAAACAUAAAAAGGAAACGUAGCUUAUUUAUUGAAGCAUACCCCACAAAGAAAAAGAAAAGUUGUACUUGAAAUUGAUUUCCGUGCGUGUUCGUGUUUAUAUCGUAGGCACGUGCUUUCAUUUUCUUUCUUAAUUCAUAAUCCAAAAGUAUAUCAAAAUUCUAUAAAAACCACUUUCACAAUAUCAAUUCACAACACUUCAAACACCAAGAAAAUCUGUAGCUUGUUACAGGCUGACACGUGUCUAAAAAUGAAUAACAACUCUAGUUUGUACUCGUCAGAUCUCAACCCACUAAGUGCAACAACACCUUCCGAUGAGGAAGGAUUAAUACUAUUAUUAGCUUCAAGCCGGCCCAAGAAACGGGCCGGAAGGAAGAAGUUCAAGGAAACUCGCCACCCAGUUUAUAGGGGAGUGAGGAGGAGGAAUAACAACAAGUGGGUUUGCGAGCUACGUGAGCCUAGUCAACAAAAAAGAAUAUGGCUAGGGACUUACCCUACUCCUGAAAUGGCGGCUCGAGCUCACGAUGUUGCUGCAUUAGCACUUAGAGGUAAUCUAGCCACUCUGAACUUUGCUGACUCUCGUUGGCGGUUACCAGUGCCAGCAUCAAAGGACCCCAAGGACAUACGCCAAGCAGCCGUUAUAGCCGCACAAGCUUUUUCUCAGGAUACUGAAGUCGAUUAUAUGAAUGAGGAAGUUAAUUCCAAUACUACUGAUGAGAUUGAUAUUGCGAGGGUUAAUAAUGGGAGUAGUAGUGAUUUUAGCGCGAAGGAAUUGAGUAUGGAUAUGGAGAACAUUUUAUCUUGUAACGGGGGAGAAGAUAACUACAUGUUAGAGACGGAAGGAUGGCGAGAAAAGAUGGCCGAGGAGCUUUUGUUUUCACCAACUCCACGUUUAGGUAGUUGUUUCAGUUGGGAUGACGUGGAAACUAGCGACGUCGAGGUGUCUUUGUGGAGUUACAGUAUUUGAUACCAACUAGCCAGUUAAUUACAAUCUAGGAAUAGCAUUUUACAAAAAAGGAAAAAAAGAAAAGAAAAGGGAAUUAAUAGUCAACUAGAAUGAUGUUAUUAUGUACUCCCUCCGUCCCUAUUUACUUGUCCAUAUUUCCUUUUUUGGUUGUCCCUAUUUAGUUGU